GCAAGCGCGCCUCUCUGGCCGCGCUCUCCACCGCCUGGUCCGCACAGCAGCCUGCAGAGCCGAGGAGGCGGCGCAAUGGUCGCGGCGUUGUUUGGCUGCUGGUUCCGCGUGGGCGGGGCUCGCCCUGGGGUGUCCGGCCCGGUCAUCCCGGUCGGCCCGACUGUGGUACAGACCUCCAUGAGCCGGUUCCAGGUAGCCCUGCUGGGCCUGGGCCUGCUGCUCAUGCUGCUCCUGUAUGUGGGGCUGCCAGGCCCCCCUGAGCAGACCUCCUGGCUCUGGGGAGGCCCCAAUGUCACAAUCCUGGCUGGUCUCACCCCUGGCAACUCCCCCAUCUUUUACCGCGAGGUGCUCCCGCUCCACCGGGCACGCAGGGUGGAAGUGGUGCUCCUCCAUGGAAAGGCCUUUAACUCCCACACAUGGGAGCAGCUGGGCACACUGCAGCUGCUGGCGCAGAGGGGCUACCGGGCCGUGGCCCUUGACCUCCCAGGUUUUGGGAACUCUGCACCUUCCAAGGAGGCAAACACAGAGGCAGGGCGAGCAGAGCUGCUGGAGCGGGUGCUGCGAGACCUGGAGGUGCACAAUGCCGUUCUGGUGAGCCCCUCUCUGAGUGGCCGUUACGCCCUGCCCUUCUUGAUCCAAGGCCACCACCAGCUGCGUGGAUUUGUGCCCAUCGCACCCGCCUCCACCCAGAACUACACCCAGGAACAAUUCUGGGCUGUGAAGACCCCAACUCUCAUCUUGUAUGGGGAGCUGGACCGUAUCCUGGCUCGGGAGUCACUGCGGCAGCUCCGGCACCUGCCCAACCACUCUGUGGUGAAGCUUCGUGAUGCAGGCCAUGCCUGCUACCUCCACAAGCCUCAAGACUUCCACCUUGUCCUUCUUGCCUUCCUUGACCACCUGCCUUGAGUUCACCCACUGACUAGGCCCCAGACCUGGCCUGAGCUUGGAGAAUCUGGACCAGUGCUCCACCAGGGAGGCAGCCCCUGGGAUUGGAGAGUAGAAGCCAGGGGGCAAUGGCCAGCCAGGACCUCUCAUUUCAUCUCACAGACACAAUAAAAAAACACAUUUUUGUCAUG